AUGGCUGUCCUUUUCCUACAAAUAUUGGCGGUCAUAGCAUACUACUCACAUGCAACAAAGCUACCAUUAGUUGUAAACACGUGGCCAUUUGUAGAUGCAAAUAAAGAAGCGGCUGUUGUCCUGACUGAAGGUGGUUCAGCUCUGGAUGCUGUUGAGAAAGGAUGUACCAUCUGUGAAGUUGAGCAAUGUGAUGGAAGUGUGGGAUAUGGAGGAAGUCCUGAUGAGAAUGGAGAAACUACACUGGAUGCCAUGAUAAUGGAUGGUGAGACACACGAUGUGGGAUCAGUAGGGUGUCUUAGACGUGUAAAAUCAGCUAUCUCUGUUGCUAGGAGUGUUAUGGAACACACCACACACACACUACUGGUUGGAGAAUUAGCGACUAAGUUUGCCAUGAAUAUGGGAUUUACAGUGGAAAAUUUACAGACUAAUAAAUCCAAUGAUAGAAGUGUCCUGAAGUCACAUGUCAAUAGAGAGAAUCAUGAUACUAUAGGUAUGGUUGUAAUAGAUGGUGCUGGUAAGAUAGCUUGUGGUACGACUACCAAUGGUAUGAACCACAAGAUACCAGGACGUGUUGGGGAUUCUCCCAUUGCAGGUGCUGGUUGCUAUGUUGAAAAAGGAGUGGGUGGGGCUGCAGCUACUGGAGAUGGCGAUAUUAUGAUGCGUUUCUUACCAGCAUAUCGUGUAGUUCAAAGUAUGAGAGCUGGUAUGUCACCAGAAGAUGCUGCAAAGGAGGCUCUCAGUCAAAUUUCUUCCUAUUAUCCUCAAUAUAGUGGUGCUUUAAUUGCAGUACAUGUUAAUGGGUCAUACGGAAAAAAAGAUAGUGUUUUAAAAGACCGUAAUCAUAAAGGUACUAAAACUACUCUACCCACGCGUCUACUGGCGCUGGUGUUUCCACCCACAGCGAAGAGCUGUAUCGGAACCUUUGACUGGAAAGUGGGUCUGAACUGGAAAAACAGUUUACAAUGA